UGGGAUAAAAUAACCCCACGCCUCCCAUUGUGCCCAGUGUCACAUCCUGGCAAGGUGGCGUGGCCAUCUUCUGCCAAGACAUGAAGCGGCAGCGCCCAUCCAGCUUUUAGGGUUGGGACAACAUGAAGUUUGCUCCUCUGUGCGUGUCACCGGCUGCGCCUGCCUUCCUCCUGCAGGACUGGUUAAAUAUUAACACCGUGCCAGGCGUAUUUGGGCGGGAAGAAGGGAGAGGCAAUCCUUCCUUCACGGCGCCAUGGGGACAAUGUCAGGGCAGGCGUGUGCCCUGUGGCCCCGUAGCUGAGAGGCGGCAGAGGCCGGUGCUCCCACCCUGUGGAGCCUUGGGCAGCUGCACGCCGCCUCAGGGAGGGCUUCCCUGGGGCCAGGAGGCGAGGGCUGGCCCCGGUCUGCUCCCUUGGAAUAGCACCAGCCUCCUCCUGCGUCCCCAGGGAGGACGGUGAGAGCGGGCCGUCGUCAAAGGGAAAGCUGUGGGAGACACCCUCUCGGCGCUCAGGGAAGUGAUCCAGGUAACCCUGAUGCAGGUCACAUAAAGUCACAUUUUAUCACAGGACACAAAAGCAGCAGCUCAUUACCAAGCUGCUUCUCAAGUACUCGGUGACUGCUGGUGGCUUUCUGCCUUAAGCACCAGAAGAGAAUGCUCCAAUGGAAAGGUUCCAGAAAUUCAUCUUACUUCCUCUCAUCUUAACUGCCUCACUACCAGGUCUUGGUUUUUGUUACUCUAUUAUACGUGGCCCUAGUAAUGCAACAGUCCUUGCUGGUUUGGAAGCCCGGUUUAAUUGCACAGUAUCAGAAGGAUGGGUAAUUCUCAUUUGGCUGUCCAACGGAAACCCCGUCCUCACUGUCAUCAAUUCUCAAGGAGCUGUUGAAACAUCAGACCGCUUCACCUCUCAAAAUUAUACCAGUAACAAUGGGUUUACCUCGGAGCUGAUCAUCCACAAAACCCAGCUGAGUGACUCUGGAAAAAUUGAAUGCAGCAUCCAGCAAACUAGUGAGAAUGGCUUUGCAUUUCUUUCUGUUCAAGUUAAUGGAUCUUUAUUCAUCAAAAAUAGCACCUUAACAGUAAAAGAGAACAAAACAGUUGAAAUUGUUUGUGAAGCCAUAGGAUGGGCUCCAGCUCCAGACAUUACCUGGAUGACAAAUGACUCCUUCAUUGAUAAGUCGAGGUAUGCUACCCAGCAAAGUCAAGGAUCUAAUGGCCUCCACAAUGCCCUGAGCACCCUAACUUUGACUCCGACGGACACUGAGAUUUUGACUUGUUUAGCUGACAUAGAAGCACUCCCUAACCCUCAGAAUGCAUCUGUAACUCUUAUUUUUGUCAAUUCUACUUUAGAAAAUUAUUACAGUGAAGACAACAGAAGCACAUGGGUUAUUGUACUUGCAAUUGUGCUUUCAUUUCUUGGUAUUGUUCUUCUGAUCAUUAUUAUCGUGGUUGUUGUACGCUGCUGCUGCAUAAAGAAGAAAGAUUCUGCAUAUCAAAAUGAAAUCAGAAAAGUUUCAUCUGAGAAGAACAAACAUGGUGAUUUGCAAAACAGGCAAAGGCAUGGUAGUGAAAAUCAGGGAUAUAUUCCAGAAGAACUGUGGAACACAGAACAAAGCCCAGGAAUUGCCUCUCUUCCUGCAGUAUCUUCAAAGUUCACUGUCCCUGCUGCAGAUUUACACAUCAGUUCUUCACGAAAGGUGGGAUCUCAAAGACGUGCUGAUUAUCUGAUCAGCCCAAAGAAAAUUAGAAACAUGACACUUGUUUAGGAUGUACCUCUCCAGGGAACUUCUCCAUCACUUUUAUUUUGCACAUUUGGAUGGCUUCCUGCAACAAAGAAAGGUUAAGACUACUUCUCUCAGUUUAAGCUAUAAGUUAUUUUUCUAUUUUUUCCUCAUAUAAUGAAUUAAAAUUGCAACCUUUAUAAUGUAGCAUGAUAUCUCAGCAAAAUAAUGGACAUAAAUGACAGCUUUAACUUCAGGCAAUGAUGGGACUGUACAAGAACAAGAAUCUGUGCUUUGGAUCCCAAGGAAAUCAGCAAAACUCCUAUCAGACAGAAAUGUUUGAUUAUCCACAGCAAGAUCAAGGACUGGAACUGCAAGACAUUUCUUAGUUCAGAAGAACUGGUUAAUAAUAACACUGAUUACUACAAUAUGUACUGCUUUUUUAAUGUACUUUAUGUACAGCUGGUCAUCGUGAGCUUAUAGAUCAACAAUAUUUUUCAAUUUCAGUUCUGUAAUAAAAUCAAGGGAAGUUUCAUGAGAGCUGCUUCAAAAUUUCUAACAAAAAUAUCUUUGGAUCAGAAAUUAAAUUGUUUCAUUUCAAUAUGUUAUUUUGUUAAAGGCAUUUGUCUUAAAUCAAAUGUUCUAUUUUUAAAUAAAAACCAAUUACUUAUGUAUCCAAAAAAAUCUGUUUUGAUUGAAAUGCAAUAUCUUAAGCUGAAAAAUGUGGAUUUGAAAAUCCUGACUUUUA